AUGGCAGCCAACAUAAAUAUCAAGAAAGUCAUUCUGAUCGGCGGCACAGGAACAAUCGGGUCGAUCAUUCUCAACGGAGUACUGAAAUCUCCCUUUGAAAUCAGCAUCUUGUCAAGAGCAUCAUCAAAGGCAUCAUUUCCAGCAUCGGUUCCAGUCCUCAAAGCCGAUUUUGACUCUGAAGAUGAGCUAGUACGAGCUUUUCAGGGGCAGGAUGCGGUUGUCAGUGCUGUGGGAGGUGCAGGGUUUUCGCAGCAGAAAGCUUUCAUUAAUGCAGCAAUCAAAGCCGGAGUGAAGCGGUUCCUGCCCUCCGAAUUCUCUACCAACACUAGAAGCGAAGCAGCUCGCAACCUGGUGUCGCUAUUUGAAGCUAAACAAGAGAUUCUGAACCAUUUGAAGGAGAAAGAAUCGUCAAGUUUUAGUUGGACGGCCCUCGCAACAGGACCAUUGCUUGACUGGGGAAUCAAAUCUGGCUUCCUUGGGUUUGAUCUGGCCAACAAGAAAGCUAAACUUUGGGAUGGUGGCGAAAUUGUUUAUUCGGCCACAAAUGAAGACGAUGUCGCCAAAGCCGUGGUUUCCAUUCUGCAACACCCGGUUGAGACUGCAAAUAAGUAUCUGUAUGUCGAGACGAUCGCAGUCUCUCACAGGGACAUUCUCAAGUCCUUGAAAGCUGCAACCAGUCAGAAGUGGGAGGUUGAGAACGUCAAAACAGAGGACUUGGUGAAAAUGGGAAAGCAACUUGUUGCAGGAGGUGACUUUAGUGGCAAUUUCUUGCUUGUACAAGCCACUGUCUGGGGCAAUGGCGAGGGAUUACGGCAGAACUUUGUCGUUGACGAAUCUCUUGCGAACUCGUUACUGGGCUUACCCAAGGGCGAUCUGGAGAAGACUGUGAGGAGAGUCUUGAAUGCCUCAGAAAAUCUAGAUGAUGACCAGCGCCAGCAUAGCGCUGCCAUUUCUGAACUCUACCCGAAUGACAAGUCGGAUAAGCUGUUCGAGAUGCCUGAUGAAAACCAAGCAAUCACUUCGGUAGAAAGCCGACCUCCCAGAGUAGCGCCUGGACGGUCCUGCAUUGCAUGUCGGAGACGAAAAAUCAAGUGCGAUAGAAAUCAACCUUGUGCAUAUUGCGUCAGAAUACGAGUUCAGUGUAUCUACCCGGUGGAAGAGCCGAAGAAACAACCCGAUGACAAUGAUGUCCUCUCCCGAUUGAAGCGCAUUGAAAGCUCACUUGCAAGGUUAGAAGCCACCCACUCCAGCAACAACAAAAGCUUGCGUGUAAAUCAAGCCACCACAAGGUCUCAUGAUGAUACAGCCCUCCUUCAAGAGGGCGCCCGCUCUCACGAAAAUGUAUCCCAUACAUAUCAAGAGGGCACAUCCGAUCAAGAACUUCAACACGAAAAGGUCCAGACUACGCCUGGAGGAAGUGGCAAGCUGGUUGUCGAGGAGGGCGACACCAGAUUUGUCAACGGUAGUUUUUGGGCUGAUUUGGAAGAAGACGCUACCGAGCAUGAGGAAGAUGUUCCUUCCACUUCUACUGGACCGGGAACUGGCACUGAAACGGUGCCCUUCAGUCAACCAUCAAACGAUAAUUCGUACCAGCGCUUUAUCUUCGGUAUGACCACAGUCCCACAAGCUAGUGGUCUUCGACAUCUUCAUCCCCCCGAAGCGCGCAUAUUUUCCUUAUGGCAGGUAUACCUGGAGAACGUCGACCCAUUGUUGAAGAUACUUCAUGUUCCUACCACGCAACGUCAAGUACUUAGAGCCAGUGGGCACCUGGACAAUAUACCUCCCCCAGUCGAAACGCUCAUGUUUGCGAUUUACUUUGCAGCUGUGACCAGUUUACAGUGCUCGGAAGCUACGCAGGAACUUCUUCAGCAAGACAGACCCACGCUACUAAACCAAUACAGGAUCGGUGUGGAACAGUCUCUAGCUAACGCGAAUUUCAUGACAGCCCCAGAUGUGGCGACUUUGCAGGCUUUAACGCUUUAUCUUAUAUGUGCGAGGCAAACUGUUGACAAGGCUUUCGUCUGGUCAAUGGUGGGGCUUCUUUACCGUUUGGCGACCAAGCUUGGCCUACAUCGAGAUCCCGCUUCACUUGGACUCCCACCCUUCAUGACCGAGAUGAGGAGACGCCUGUGGUGGCAGAUCUGCAUUCUUGAUGUGCGUAUCGCAGAGGACAACGAUACAGACCCUCUCAUUUGCGAACACAACUUCGAUACCAAAUACCCCAGCAAUGUCAAUGAUGGUGAUCUAGACUUGAAUAUGACUGGAGCACCCAGAACUAGCCACCACCGAACCGAAUUAUUGUUCUGUUUGACUAGGUUCGACAUAAGCUAUACGGCUCGGAAGCUGGUAUUCUCCCCUAAAUUCAGCUCCGACAAUGGCUAUCCUUCCUUGAGCCUUUCGGAAAAGAUCAAUAUGCUUGAUAAUCUCAGGAAAGAUCUAGACGAGAAUUACUUCAAAUAUUGUGAUUUGGAGGUCCCCAUAUGCUUUCUCGCAAUCACUGCGUCGAGACUGGUUCUUGCGAAAAUGAGGCUGAUCGUUCACCAUCCAGCCCGAAACCAGUCCACUGAGCUGUCACAAGCACAACUUGGGGAGCUCGUAUCGACUAGUAUCGACAUCAUCGAAUAUGCUCACGAGCUGAGGACAAAUGUGAAGUACUCACGUUGGGUGUGGUUGUUCCAACAAUACGUAGAAUGGGACGCAGUAGCAUUUCUGCUUUACAGCCUGACCGUUUCAUCUCUACCAACUUUUACACACAGAGCAUGGAGGGCAAUAGAUGUAUUUAUGGAAGACUGGAAGGAUCAUAUCCCAAACGGUCAACGCGAACGGAGAUGGAGGCGACUUCUUGCCCUCCAUGAUAAAGCCAGGGUGAAGCAAGGACACAGUACAGAAUUGGAUGAUCAGCGACCAAGUCACAUUCCAGCAUUCUCUGGAACCAAUGACUUCGAUACAACAAAUUCAGUUCACCAGACAAAUACAUCGCUUUCGAUGUCUCAACCGGUUCCUUCAGAUUUCCAAAAGCAGGUUGUGUCACGUCACAAUCAACAAACAGCAGCUGUCAAUGGCAAUCAAAAUCUACCAAUAAUGACAGGUGCGACCCUUGACGGAUACUUCUCUGACUGGGGCUUAGAUAACGUUUCUUACUCUAUGCCGGAGGCAGCAAGCUGGGACAUGCGCAUCGAUGAGGAUUGGAAUUCUUCAUGGUUCUGA